ACAAAAAAUUUGUUUUCAUGCCCGUCUUGUAAACGAUUAAAGAAAAAAAUAUUUCAUUUUAAAAACAAAAAAAAAAACUCCAAUAAUCUUCAAUAAAAAUGUCUCUAGCCGAUGAACUUUUAGCUGAUUUAGAAGAAAAUGAUAACGAAGAUCUAAAUGACACUAUCAAAGAAGAAAUGGAUGAAGAUGAUGAGGCUACAGCUGAAUUAUCUGAAAAAUUCCUAAAACCUUCGAUAAAUCUUAUGGAAGUCGAUGUUAAAGUUCAAUCAGUUCGUGAAUUAUGCAAACUUCGUGAUUCCGAAAGACUACAGACUAUCCUAAAACAAAUUGAAGAUUAUGCAUCGAGACAAAGAUCUGCUGCCGAGAUGAUUGGAAAUGUUGAAUCUGAUCCAGAAUAUCGGCUAAUUGUUGAAGCAAAUGCAAUUGCUGUUGAAAUUGAUAAUGAAAUAUCUAUUAUUCAUAAAUUCACCAAAGACAAAUAUCAGAAAAGAUUCCCUGAAUUAGAUUCUUUGAUUGUUGGUGAAAUGGAAUAUUUGUUGGCUGUGAGAGAACUUGGCAAUGAACUUGAUCAAGUUAAAAAUAAUGAAAAACUUCAAGCUAUAUUGACUCAAGCAACUAUUAUGAUUGUCUCAGUUACAGCUUCAACUACGCAAGGAACAAAUUUAACUCCAGCGGAAAAGGCACAAAUUGAUGAAGCUUGUGAGAUGGCAUUUCAACUCAACAACUAUAAAUCGAAGAUCUAUGAAUAUGUCGAAAGUCGCAUGACAUUUAUUGCACCCAACUUGUCUAUGAUUAUUGGUGCAUCAACUGCUGCUAAAAUUCUUGGAAUUGCUGGUGGACUUACUAAACUCUCCAAAAUGCCGGCUUGUAAUGUACAAGUUCUUGGGUCGGAGAAGAAAACACUCUCAGGAUUCUCAAAGACACAAAUGUUACCACACACUGGAUACAUUUAUUAUUCACAAAUUGUUCAGGACAAUCCACCGGACGUUCGGCGCAAAGCAGCCCGAUUAGUUGCUGCCAAAAGCGUCCUCGCAGCCCGUGUUGAUGCUUGUCACGAAUCGGUUCAUGGAGAAAUCGGUCUUCGAUUCAAAGAAGACAUCGAAAAGAAACUCGACAAACUUCAAGAACCACCGCCAGUAAAAUUCAUCAAACCCCUACCCAAGCCGAUUGAAGGUAGCAAAAAGAAACGUGGUGGUAAACGAGUGCGAAAAAUGAAGGAACGCUAUGCUCUGACUGAAUUUAGAAAACAUGCAAAUCGAAUGAAUUUCGGUGAUAUCGAAGAAGACGCUUACCAAGGUGAUUUAGGCUACACCCGUGGUACAAUUGGCAAAACUGGAACUGGCCGAAUUCGUCUACCCCAAGUUGAUGAAAAAACCAAAGUACGAAUUAGCAAAACUCUCCAAAAGAACCUGCAAAAACAACAAGUCUACGGAGGCAGUACUACAGUCAAACGACAAAUUUCCGGUACUGCUUCAAGUGUUGCUUUCACUCCUCUGCAAGGUCUUGAGAUUGUAAAUCCACAAGCAGCUGAAAGAUCAAUCUCUGAAAUGAAUGCUAAAUAUUUCUCAAAUACUUCUGGAUUCUUAUCUGUUGGCAAAAGAACAACUUAAAUAAAAUAUCGUUUUUAAUUUAUUUUUAAAAUUUUUAAUUUUCUUCUAAAAAGAAAUUACACAAUUACGCAUUUUGUUUAUGUAAAAAAAAGCCACAGACUCGCAAAUAAAAUUUAAAUAAAAAAAUUAUAAAAAACAAGAAAAAUACACUUUACAUUACAUAUUUUUAACUUUGAGAUUUUUCGUUUUUCUUCAAUAUUUUUUUUUUUU